AGGGGCAGCAGCCGCUGAGCCAACCCCUGCAGGGUGCCGGGAGCACUGAAAGCAGCAGGGCGGACGGGAUGUUUCAGAAGCCAGAGCCGGGGUUUGCGGAGCUGGAGAAGAGACUCAGCCAUUUCUCUCUGAAAAGCGCCAUGCUGCAGCAGAUGCUGUUGGAAUUCAAAGAGAUGCUGCGACUGGAGCUGGGGAGCGACACAGGCUGCAGAACGGCAUCCACCCUUCCCGCCGGAUGGGCCCUUCCUCCCGCAGGCGAGGAGCUGGCUCAGGGGCCGGUGACCUUCGAGGACGUGGCUGUGUAUUUCACCAGAGAGGAAUGGGCUCUGCUGGACUCCACUCAGAGAGUCCUCUGCUGGGAUGUCAUGCAGGAGAACUAUGAGAAUGUGACCUCGCUGGGGUCUCCAGUUUCCAAACCUGAGGUGAUGUCCCAGCUGGAACAAAGAGAAGAGCUGUGGGUCUCACAUCUUCAGGGCUUGGAGGAAAGAGAGCUCCUGAGAGGAACUUGCACAGGAGAUGGGGGGAUGGUGAGUGAGAACAAGGAGCAGAAUCCAGAGCAGGAAGAUGCUGAGCACGUGGAACUGUGCGGGGGAUUGUCACAAAGAACUCAAGAAAACAUGUCCUGGAGUCGUGAAGAGAGGCAGCCAGAGGAGGAAGUGGGUAAAUCCAUCAGUUGUGAGGAAAAUCACAAGGACCUCAAGGAAACCACAGCCCAGCAGAGAAUCCUGAUGAGAGAGAGAAAAAACAUGUGCCCUGAGUGCGGGAAAACCUUCCCUCGGCGCUCACACGUUAUUGAACAUCAGAGAAUCCACACAGGAGAGCGACCCUAUGAGUGCUGUGAAUGCGGGAAAACCUUCAGUCGUCACUCACACCUAAUCAGACAUCAGAGAAUCCACACAGGAGAGCGACCCUUUGGGUGCUGUGAGUGCGGGAAAACCUUCACUCGACACUCAACCCUUAUCAAACAUCAGCGAAUGCACAGGAGGGCGCCCCCGUACGAAUGCUGUGAGUGCGGGAAAACCUUCCCUCGGCGCUCACACGUUAUUGAACACCAGAGAAUCCACACAGGAGAGAGACCCUAUGAGUGCUGUGAAUGCGGGAAAACCUUCAAUCGUCACUCACACCUAAUCAGACAUCAGAGAAUGCACACAGGCGCAAGCCCCUAUGGGUGCUGUGAGUGCGGGAAAACCUUCACUCGACGUUCAACCCUUAUCAGACACCAGAGAAGCCACAGGGGUGUGCCCCCCUAUGAAUGCUGUGAGUGUGGGGAAACCUUCACUCAGUGCUCAGAGUUUAUUAUACAUCAGAGAAUCCACACAGGAGAGAAACCUGCGAGUGUGGGAAAACCUUUGCUCGACAGUCACACCUUAUUAGGCAUCAGAGACUCUAACAAGGAGAGAGACCCUAUGAAUGUUGUGAGUGUGGGAAAACCUUCGUUUUUCACUCAGACCUUGGGAGACAUCUGAAGAUCCACAUGGGAUAGACACCGUAGACCAGUGGUCACCAACCUGUCGAUUGCGUGGCUCCAGGGUGGGGAAGGGGUCGCCGUGGCCUGCUCCUGCUUGCAAGCUCCCACUGGCCAGGAACAGGGCACUGUGGCCAAUGGGAGCUUUGGGGGUAGUGCCUGCAGAAAGGGGCAGCGUGCAGAGCCACGUGCCCACCGUGCUCCCUCAGGGGCCGCAGAGGGGCGUUGGCCCCUUCUGGAAGGGGCCAGGGCAGGCAGGGAGCCUGCCUUAGCCUCCCUGUGCUGCCAUCCUCAGUAAGUGCUGCCCAGUGGGAGGCUGCACCCGAGCCCCAUCCCAGAGCCAGCACCCCGUACCCCCUCCUACAUCCCAAACCCCUGCCCC